ACUGAUUCACUUUUUUUCCACGUAGCUGCGCCUUUUCCAUGAAGGCGUCAUUACCCAGGCUUUGGACGGUCGGCAACCAAUGAUGAGCACAGGCAAGUGCGUUUCGCUCUAGCAUUGCAUCGCACAUCUUCGAGUUCUAAAGUGUGCCGGACCAGAUUGUAGCUAUGUCGGCCCUGGACGCUGUGUGUUUGGGAUCUGUAGGAAAGUUUGCAGGAUUGUCGUGCUCUGCAUCAGAUCUAUCUCCCGGGAGCCGCUUGUUGGCGACAGUCGAAGUUAAUUCUACGAGAUUUGGAGGAGUCAUUUGUUUCGGUUCGAAAGAUGGACAGAUGAAGCCAGUUUCGUUCAAUUCACGCUGGAGUAGGAUGACAGUUUUGAAACGUACCUGUGAUCACGCAAAGCUCUGUUCUCCGCUGGCAGCGGCAGAUGGUCUGCUGAGUGGUAGUAUUUUCGGAGUUCCAAAGCAAUCUACUCCAAACACGGAUACAUUUGAGGUGGAAGAAAAAGUUCGUGAUUAUGAGCUGGACCAAUAUGGAGUGGUGAACAAUGCUAUAUAUGCUCAUUAUUGUCAACACGCUCGACAUGAGUUGUGCGAAGCAAUUGGAAUGAGUGCAGAUGCUGUUGCGCGGACAGGAGCUGCCCUUGCCCUUUCGGAUCUAAAUCUGAAGUUUGUAGCACCUCUCAGACCAGAGUGGUGACCGGUAUGUGGUCACAGCUAAGCUUGUCAGUUCGAGUGCAGCUCGCCUUAACUUCGAGCAAUUCAUAUACAAGCUGCCCAAUAGGGAGGUGAUACUGGAAGCCAAAGCUACUGUAGUUUGUCUUGACAAGAACUACAAGCCAACUCGAAUACCAGCAGAAUUCAAGUCCAAACUCGUGAUGUAUUGCAGAAAUCAAGCCUGAUCAGAUCCAUAAGGCCUUGGGGCUUGAGGCCCUUGACAACAGCUUUCGGAGACUGGAUUGUAGAAUGGAUUGGAUAUCCAUGCGUCAUAUAUACUAUUUCUCGUCAUCUAUUGCUGGCCCUAAGUUGAGUCAAGGCCUAAGAAUUUGAGCAAUUUUGACUUCAGCGAAGACCGUGAAGAUGACCAGGCACAACCAAGUCAAAUUGAUCCAAGUUACCUGAGUUACUUGUGCUUUCCAAAUAAAUGUUUGGUCAACCUCAAGUAUUGUCACUAGUAGUUUACUGUCGUAUCUUACUUGGACGUUCUAGAGCAUCCGCUUUCUCCGCGAUUGCAGAGAGUUUUGUAAUGGAGUUUUCACUUUCCCAUAUAUUUCUUUUGCGCGCAUGAUUGAAUAGAUUGGGUGCUUACUAUCAUAUAACAAGGUGAAUUGGAUUUUAUCGAUACAUUGCCUUAUUUUUUCAAUCUAAGGUGUACCGAAUUUU